GAAAAUUUGUGCAAACAAAAAAUAUUCGGUAAACCGCUUAUAAGCUCUCUACCACACAGAGCGAGAAUCAUUGGGCAUCGGCUACUCUUGGAGAGUACACGUAGAGAACAAUUUUUGAUUUUUUUUCCGGGGAAUAAAACGUUCUUGAAAUUUAUUACUAAAAUGACACAACAAGGUUCUCCGUUCGAUUCCAAUGCAAUGACAUUGACCCGUUUUGUUUUGGCCGAACAAAAGAAAUUCAAACAUGCUACGGGAGAUUUAUCACAACUGUUGAAUUGUAUUCAAACGGCUGUAAAGGCCGUAAGUAGCGCUGUCCGAAAAGCCGGCAUUGCCCAAUUACAUGGCAUAUCUGGUGAUACCAAUGUUCAGGGUGAACAGGUCAAAAAGCUAGACAUUCUAUCAAAUGAACUGUUUAUAAACAUGUUGCAAUCGUCCUACACGACGUGCCUAUUGAUUUCAGAAGAGAAUGAGCACGUCAUUGAAAUCGAUGCUGAUAAACAGGGAAAAUAUAUUGUUUGCUUUGAUCCCCUAGAUGGAUCCUCGAAUAUUGAUUGUUUGGUGUCGAUCGGAAGUAUCUUCUCUAUUUACAGAAAAGUGUCCGAAGGUGAACCAACUGUACAAGAUGCACUCCAGCCGGGAAAUAAAAUGGUUGCAGCUGGUUAUGCGCUGUAUGGAUCGGCAACAAUGCUUGUUAUCGCAUUGGGUGAAGGAACCGGUGUGAAUGGAUUCACAUACGAUCCAAGUAUCGGUGAAUUCAUUUUGACUGAUAUCAACAUGCGAAUUCCACAACAAGGCAAAAUCUAUUCGAUCAAUGAAGGGUAUCAAUACAUGUGGGACGAUUCCAUUAGAAAAUAUGUCGAAGCGAAAAAAGAUCCAGCCAAGGGAAAACCGUAUGGUGCUCGUUAUGUCGGCUCAAUGGUGGCCGAUGUACAUCGUACCAUCAAAUAUGGUGGUAUUUUCCUGUACCCAGCAACGUCACAAAGUCCCAAUGGAAAAUUGCGUCUGUUGUACGAGGGAAAUCCAAUGGCGUACAUCAUUGAGCAAGCCGGUGGAAAAGCCAGCACGGGAACACAACGAAUUUUGGACGUGGUUCCAGAAUCAAUUCAUCAGCGUUGCCCAGUCUUUUUGGGUUCGUCGAAUGAUGUCGACGAAGUUUUAAGCUACGUUAAUAAUUAGGCGAAAAAUACUGGAGAGUGAAAUGAAUUUUUAAUAAAAAAUUUUUUAGAAUAAA